GAACAGUUCGACUUUUUUGCUUAAGUGAUGACAGCUACGACAGUGUCUAAAACAAUAAUUCAGUGAAAAGCAGAGACACACGGAAAAUUUGAAGAAAGUAACAAAAGUAAUAUUACUGCAAAGAAGAAGCUAAAAGCAAGCGAUUAAAAGUAAAGUGCGUAAAAUUGGCUCGUUCAAGGUGCUUGGGAGCAUAUAUGGCUUGAACGCUUCAGGCCUACGUGAUCGGGUGUUUCACUUUCGAAGAAUUCUUCUAGUGAAACUUAUACAUUUGUGUGAUUCGCGUGAAAUCGCGCUGCAAGUGUCGCCACAGUCGAAGUUGCACAAUAGCCAGUGUGUUAAGAACGAUUAGGAAGAGUAAUUGGCGAUUUGCAAUCGUGCUUUUCUAUACAUUCUGGAAGUAUUGACACCAUCGCCAUUGACGGGUUCAACGUUUUGUGCUCCAUUCAUUUGUACGGCCGGCUUUACUUGUCUGCAACGAUCGCAGUGUCGUCUGCACUACUUGACGCUGUGGCAUCUUCGGUAUCCAUAGGAUCAUCACUCAACAGCACAGUGAUCGAACUCGAUAAAUUAUUGUGUACCAUAUAUACAGGCAGCCGAGAGAAACAAGAUUUUAUUGACCAAGGGGCGCUGCCAAACACACAAAAUACCAUCAACUACCGGCAAUAAUAACCACAGAAUCGACGACGACAACAACAACAACGACAAAAACAACAACCGUUUAACACGAAACAGAAAGCAAACAAGAAAUUCAGCUGCCACAACAAAAGUAACAGCAGCAAAAACAACGACGACGGCAACAUGACAUGCUGGAAACAAGUGCGCUGCGAUCUCGCGCAACAACAACGACAAGACACCGCUGCAGAGUGCAUCACCGGCAGCAACAAACACGGUGUGGCAGCAGACAUGAAUGGCACCAACGGCAAUUGCAGCUGCCAUAAACAAAGCCGUUGCAACAGGUUAACCUGUUAUCGCAAUGGCAACAGUAGUGGCAGCAAUCAUCGCCAAGCUUUGCCACUGUUCAUCACAAUCGCCGUUCUGGCGCUGGCAACGACACCUAUCAAUGCAGCUGUUGUACGCCGAUCUAUAGCAGAGACAACAACCGACUUGCAUUUUACCACGCCAAAUACACCAUUGGAAGCCGCAGUUGAAAUUGAUACCACCACAGUUGACACACCACAUUUAGCCGAUAAUCACACCGCUGUUGUGGAUGUUCAGCACAAUGUAACCGUUGCUAUAGCUGUGAACGAAGCGGAAACGUCAACGGUCAGCAGCGGUACUGUACGACACGAUAAUCCCAUAACGGUUUUGAGUAGGCCACAAGAUGUUAAUAAUGAAAUCGCGCAAGUCGUCAGCGAAGAGGCAACCACUAAUCUACGUGUAAAUCCAAAAUUCGAUUAUGCCGAAACUGUGCUUGACGAAAAUCUGGAGGAUUCCAUACGCAAUUCUGUGCGCAACGAAAUCGAAUUUGAACAAGACAUUGUGGCUGCACAAGUUCAACACCUACAAAAUGUAACGGAUGAGGAGGUGCGUCGCAAACUACGCGACGAAGUGAAGUUAAUACAAAGCGCGCUGCAGGAGAGUAGCACCAAGUCCAGUGCCGCGAUUGAUGUACUAGCAGAGUUAACAUCCACUUCCCCAGAUACUGUGCACGAGCAAUUGUCGACAACAGAAAGUACAACCCUUGAGCAUUCAAAAACGGCGAAUUAUGACCUCUCAGUACUGUUCCCCUUACAAGCCGAAGAGGCUGUUUCAACGGUCAAGUCUUUUGUGGACAAUCAACGAGGUGCCAGAAAUCUUAAUGUUAAUGGUAACGAAAACGGAGGAAUUUUAAAUGACAGCGGUGUAACGAACAUGCAGUUAGCUGAAGAAGAAGGCAUGCAAAAUAUUGAAGAAGACAAAGUUGAGGCUCAAGAGGGUUUACUAGCUGCAGAUGAGAGCUCAAUACAAACUAAAUUAAAUCGUAUAUCUGAGUCUGCGCUUUACUCACACGAAGCAAACGAAAUCGAUGAAGAAGGUUUGAAAGAACAAAAGGAGUUCAGCAAUGGGCCGGACCACCAAAAAAUGGAAGAUGAUACGGAGCCAGAAGGCAAAAAUAUCAAAGCAUCAACCGAAGUGCACUCAGUCAACGCGGAAGUGAAUAACGUAGAUAAUGAAGAUACUCAGGAGUCAGUGAAGAGCCAUGAAGCAACUUCAUCCAGCCUUUUGGAUGAAAACGAGAAUACAAGCCGAGAACAAGCAACUGUAGAAAAUGAAAAUGCAAACGCUGAAACAACAGAAAAGAGUUUUUCUGCAGCGGAUGUAGAUGAAACUGAGAUAACGCCUGCUGCCGCGGAUGAAUCAUCCUUAUCUAUAGUUUUAAAUGAAAACCUCACCGCUACCGAGCCUUCUAUGGUAUUGGCUGAAGAUCUGCCAGUAGAUCUCUUACACUUAGACGAAAGCGAUGCUCUAGCCAACGAAGAAGUUGGCACGACUGUUGAGCCCGAGAGUGUGAAAAGUGUGCAUAUUGUAAUUAAGAAACAGGGUGUUGAAUUAGAGGAGGGCGCACUUGAAUCUGUAACUGUUGAAUCAAUGGAAGAGACAACCGAUAGUGUGGACAUAGUUAAAGAAGAGCUGUUGGAUGAGGAGGAAACCACAGCAAAGCCCGCUGUAACUUUGGAAAACGUUGUAGACGGUGAAAAUGAACAAAGUGUACAGAAUGAUGAUGCGGCAAAGGAAUCAAGUUUAGAAUUAGAAAAUAAUGCCAACGAGCAGGCUGUUUCGGAACCUGUAGAGUCUCCUACUGGACAUGUUGAAGAAGAUACACAAAAUAACAGUGAAGAUGACAAACUUAACGAGGACAACAAUCGAAUUGACGAGGUAGAACAAGAAGCUCAAGAAUUAGAAAAUAAAAGUAACCUAACAACUAGCGAAGAGAGCACACAGUCUGAUGGCAAAGAGGAUACUCUCAACGGUAUGCAACACUUGAUAGAAAUAAACAUUGAUAUUGGAAGUCAAACAGAAAAGUCAACUACAAAUGAAGAUGGUCAAAUUCCAAGCGUUGAUAAGCUCGCAGAAGAAUCAACAAUUCUGCAAGAAACUGAGCCAGACAACGAAAUUACGCAAAGUGGUUCCACCACGGAGUCAAUAAUUCUACAAGAAUCCGUAGAUAAUGAAACUAAUCUGCAAAACAAGAUAACCCCUAAGCAUAUUUCUCUCCUGAGCACAACAUACAUACCAAACGGUGAGAUCUCACCGAUCUCCACCAGCACAACUGAGGGACAGUCGACGACGCUGAAAGAUAGUCAAGUAAAUGAUGAUGACGACAAUAGCACUGAUGACCCAGACAUUGUGCCGCUUCUGGUGGGUGUGAGUGCCGGACAAGGUGAUGUCACCGCCUCAACGAAAGGUUCACGUUCGAUCAACACGCAGACACAUCACACAAUGUUGUUGACACAGUUGGACGAUACAAUGGCGGCGACGCUCUUCGAAACCUUCCCACCACACAAUGCCGGACGCACUUUAAAUGAUCACAUGGCCGCUGAGAGUAAUGGUGGCAUUGGUAAACCUUUGCCUACACGCAGCAUAAACGAUGUGACAUCGGCUUCAGUCUUCAGUCGCUCCGGUCUAAUAAUUGUGAUUUGCUCCAGCAUAGCGCUCAUGUUCCUGCUCGUCUCGGUGGUGGCUUUCUUCAUCUCCUUCCAACGGCAACAUGGCACUUUGGAUAUUGAAAUGCAGGAGCAACGCUGUGGCAAAGACGAUCUCGAUGAGGAGGACGAGGAGGUGGGCACAUGCACGAAGUUGCUGGAAAUCGAGUUGCCCAAAUCAACGAUAGUGGCUGCGUCAUGCGAGGAGUUGGAGGAGUGUUUGUAGGGCAAACGAGAUCUAGAUUGCUCCAGAGAGAGAGAGAGGGAGAGGUGGCACUUAUUGUAAAUAAAGGAAUGCAGAGACUUCAACACACACACAUACAUAGUCAUAAACGCGUAUAUAUAUACAUACAUAUAUGUAGACAUAUAUAUUUGGUAUAUACAUGAAUUUGUUGUAUUGGCGGACGAAUUAGUUAUUUAGUUAGCAUAAAAUCGAAAACAGACUGUAAUUCUUAUUUUUAAUAGCAAUAUUAUUAUAUACGCUCGUGUAUUAUAUUUGUAGUAUGUAUAACAUUACGAUUGUUUUGCCAUAUUUUUCGAAUUCUUUACACACAUACACACAUAUACAUUUUUAUGUGAAUUAAUUAUCCAUGGAUUUUAAUGCAUUUAAAUUUUUACUAUGCAAUCAUGAGGAAGGAACUGAGAAAAGAGAACAAAGAAUUAUUAUUUUUUGUUAAAUUUAUAAUAUUAAUUGAGAUACAGUUAUUUAUUGCAUUACUGAAGUGACAUAUCAAAUUCGAAAAUCUUAGGUAAAAAAAAAAAAAAAAUAAUUUUGUAGCUUCGAAUUAAGUUAUUUCAAAUGCAUGAAGUUUAAAUAAAGAAAUAUAUUAAAAACUAA